AAUCCAACACUCAAGAACUCUGUGUCUAAAAUGUUUAGAGGGAUAACAAUUAAAUCUCAGAAAGAGAUGAGUAAAGUGUGUGUGAAGAAAGAGGGCAAGAUUCAUGGACGGCAGAUCAGUGUUAUAGAGCUUCCAGCUCUCACUCGGCUCUCAGAGGAGGAAGUGUUGCGGGAAACUCUCCACUGUCUGUCUCUUUGUGAUCCUGGAGUUCAUCUUUUCAUCCUCGUUUCUCCUGUCUGUCCACUUAAUAAUGAAGACAGAGCAGAAAUGGAGAAGAUUAAAGGAAUACUUAACUCUAAUGAGCACUUCAUGGUGCUUUUCAUUACCGAACUUGACCAAAGUGUCAGAGUCUAUAACAGUCUCUAUGGGAGCUGGUACAGUGUGAUGGGGUUAAAGGACCAGCGAAUCUCAGAAAAAAUAUCAGACCUGUUUGAUCGUAUUGACAGCAUGAAGACUGAACCCUACUCUCUUCAGAUGCACAUAAGCGCUCCAGAGAAGAGAGUCAGACAUGAACUAGAGGAGCAACUGAGAAUGAGAGAUAAUGAAGUCAAAGAGUUACAGAAUAAGAUCAAGACACUGGAGGGUGUGAAGCUGAAUCUGGUUGUGUGUGGGAGUAACAGAGAAUUAAUAUCCUUCAUAUCAAACCUGAUCCUGAAGCAGAGCGAGAGCAGAUCAGAGCUGAGCUCAGAGUGUGUGAGGAGAGACGUGGAGCUUGAUGGACGUCUGAUAAGUCUGGUGGAGCUUCCAGCUCUGUUCAACACUCAGCUCUCAGAGGAGGAAGUGAUGCGUCAGACUCACCGCUGUGUGUCUCUCUGUCAUCCUGGAGUUCAUGUGUUCAUCUUCAUCAUUCCUGAUGCUCCAAUUACUGAUGAAAACAAAUCAGAAACUGAGAGGAUCCAGAGGAUAUUCAGCUCAAGAAUCAACAAACACAUCAUGAUCCUCAUAAAGCAGGAUUCAGAUCAUCAGACUGCAGAACUAAAUGAAGAAACACAGUCUGUCAUUGAGAGAUUUGGAGGACGACAUCAUUUCAUUGGUCCAAACACACAAGUAUCUGUGUUGAUGGAGAAAUUAAAGCAGAUGGUUGAAGAAAAUAGUGGUGAUUAUUUCUCCACAGACACAUUGAUGGAGACACAGAUGGAAAAAGUACUGAAAUUCGAAGAAAUUAAAAGGAGAAUGUAUCCUUUAGAAACAUGGUUUCAAUCACAAGAUUCAAGAGACAAAGAAUAUGAACUAAGGAUUGUGUUGCUGGGAAAAACUGGAGUUGGCAAGAGUUCAACUGGAAACACCAUCUUAGGAAGUGUCAUGUUUAAAGCUGAAGCAGCUCAUGAGUCUAUUACUAAAGAGUGUCAGAAAAAGACAGCUGAAAUCAACAGCAGACACAUUACUGUGAUCGACACUCCAGGACUGUUUGAUACUGAACUCAGUAAUGAAGAAACCCAGAGAGAAAUGAGAAACUGCAUCCCCAUGAUCCUGCCUGGACCACAUGUGUUCAUCAUUGUGCUUAAUUUAGGACAACGAUUCACUCAAGAGGAGGAAAAAUCAGUGAAGAUCAUCCAAGAGACGUUUGGUGAAAACUCUUUAAAGUACACGAUGGUGCUCUUCACCAGAGGAGAUGAUCUGAAUGACAAAACCAUUGAACAGUAUCUGGGGAAAUCUGGAUCUGCUUUAAAACAGCUGAUUGGUGUGUGUGAAAACAGAUAUCAUGUGUUCAAUAAUAAAGAGACUAGAGACCGAACACAGGUGACUGAUCUACUGCAGAAGAUAGACAACAUGGUGAAGACAAACGGAGGGAGUUACUACUCGUGUAAGAUGUUCAGAGUGAUGGAGAGAGAACUACAAGAACAACAGAAGAGCAUAUUGAUGGAGAAAGUGGAGCAAGUGAACAGAGAAAGAGAAGAACUGAUAAACAAACAUGAAGAAGAGAAAAAUAAGAUGAAGAUGAAGAUAGAGGAAAAAAGACAGAAUCAUGAGGUCCUUACACUGGCUUCCACAUGCUCCAUUCCCCAAGUUAAUCCCAGUGAGGGCUCCUGUCCCCAAGAUGAUGAAGAUUCAUCAUGUUUGAGAAUCUUGCUGUUUGGGAGGACAGGAAGUGGAAAGUCUGCAACAGGAAACACUAUCCUCAGAAAGGAUGAGUUUCACAGUGAAGCCAGUUCCCGUUUGGUGACCACUGUUUGUCAGAAGGGAGUUGGUGAAGUUGAUGGUCAGUCAGUAUCUGUUAUUGAUACUCCAGGACUCUUUGACACAACACUGACAAAAGAACAAGUGCAGGAAGAAAUAAUGAAGUGUUUUUCACUGUCAGCACCUGGACCACAUGCCUUCAUCAUUGUGCUGAGUGUGGGAAAAAUCACUGCAGAGGAGGGAGACACUUUAGACAUGAUCAAGAUGAUCUUUGGCUCAAAAGCAGCAGAUUUCUGCAUUGUUCUCCUCACAAGAGGAGAUCAUCUGAAAGGACAAACAAUAGAGCAAUAUGCAGACAAAUGUAAAAAUGCUGAACUCAAGACACUGAUGAGAGAUUGUGGAAACAGAUUCCUGGUUUUUAACAACAAAGAAGCACAAGAUCAGACACAAGUUAUUCAUCUGUUAAAUAUGAUAGAAGAGAUUAAGUCCAAUCAGGGCCAAUAUUUCACUAAUGAGAUGUUUGAAAAGGGAGUGAUCUCCACUGAACAGAGAAUGGAAAUGCUAGAAGAGAAUAAAAGAAAAAAUCUGUUUCAAAUUGAAAAAUUUAAAGCCAAAUAUGACAUGGAAAUUAGAAACAUUGGAGAGAGACUGGAAGAGAAGAAACAAAGGAAAGAUGAGGAAAGUGAGAGACUGAAGAACAAGUUCAGAGAACAAGAGGAAACACUCAGGAGAGAAAAAAAACAGGAAGAGGAAAUAAAAAAGAGAGAUUUCGAGGAACAAAUGAGGACGGAACAAGAAGAGAAAGAGAGAGAGGAAUGGGAGAGAAAAAUAAAAGAGACUGAAAGUGACAAAGAGGCUCAAGAGGAAAUUAAACAACAGCAGAGAGAAUGGGAAGAAGAGAAGAACAGACAGAUGAGAGAACAAGAGGAAGAGGAAAGAGAGACAAAAGAGAGACACAAGAAACAACUGAGAAAAAAAGAAGAAGAACUGGAGAAGAUAAAGAAGAAAUUUGAAAACAACAGAGAAGAAGAAGAACAGAUGAUAGAGGAGGAGAGAGAGAAACUGAAGAGGGAGAAAGAACAGAGAGAAAGAGAAUAUAAAGAGAAUAUAAAUGAAAUGGAGAGACAUUAUAAGCAGCUGGAGCAAGAGAGAAAAGAGGAGUGGAGGAGAAGGAAACGAGAGGAUGAAGAGAGACGCGUGGAGAAGAGAAAGAGAUGGGAGAAAAUGAUAGAAGAUCUGAAACAAGAGCAUGAGGAGGAGAUCAAGAGAAGAGAAAGAGAGGAGAGAGAAAGAAUAGACAGAAAAGAAAGAGAGUGUGAUGAAAUGAAACAGAAAUAUGAAGAACAAAUAGAGAAGGUGAUGAAGAAACAUCAAGAUGAAGCCAGAAAACAAGAAAAAGAUUUGAUACAUUUAAGAAAGGGAAAAGAACAACAAGUUCAGGAGCUCAAGGAAAGACUUGAACAACUAUAUGAAAUGAAAAGGUUAAGAAAUGAACUGAAAGAUAAAUGGUCCUGUCAUGUCAUGUGAAAUAUGUUUAAUAUACUGUAUAUAGAGGAGCAAAGGUCAACCCAUUUUACCAAAACUGAUAACAAGGUUGCAACAUACUGACCGAUAAAUGAUCAAUCAACCGAUAGUUUUAAAAUGGAAACUGAAUGUGUGAGGGGAUUUAAACUUGGACAGUAAGCCAGGGAAAUAUUUGACCUCCCUGGUGAAAAAGAGGGCUGACUCACUAAACAUGUUUCAGACAGACUCUUCAGGCCAAAAAUUAGUUGUUAGCACGAGCAUCAAUCUUAUUUUCAAAAAUGUGUUACGUUGACUUACAUACCAGGGAAAGUGUGUAUGAUGGUUACAGACACCCUUUUUUUUCUGGAUUCCAUCCAGUCGAAGGAUAUCUAACAUGUUUGAUAUAUUCAGCCGAUUUUACAACGUUUUCAUUUCUCAUGCGUCUCAACCACAAGGCGCAUGUUUCUGCAUGAGUUUGUUGUGAUCGGUACAACUUAAAUGUCUGGUAGUGUUUGACCCUAAUUCAUUAUUUUCAAAAUACUGAACAUUAUUAUUUUUCCUCUAUGUCCUGUCUUCUGACAAGCAUACAUUUUUUACAAAGCUCAUUGUUCUGAAAAGCAAGGUGUGCUCUGAUUGGCCAGCUAUCCAGUGCUUUGUGA